AUGAGAUCGUCAUUCUCCUCCUCCUGCCACCGCUCAAUCUCGGAGCUAGCCGGCGAUCGGAAAUUAGAAGUUCCCAUAUUGACGACGAUUUCUGUUCCGAUUCAGAUGGAGGGAAGAGGGAGAAUGCUGCCGCUGCUGGCUCUUCACGCCGUCGCCGAGUACUACAGACUGCCAUGGAAACCUCCCGUCACGGCGGGACUAAUCGCCGCCAAUACCCUCGUCUACCUGAAGCCCGCUUUCCUCCGCCACCUCCUCCCUUCCAUCGAGGAGGUCUGGUUCAAUCCCUUCCUCGUUCUCAAGAACAAGGAUGCGAGGCGCUUCUUCCUAUCACCAUUCUACCACAUCAACGAGUCCCACUUGGUCUACAACAUGAUUUCACUCCUAUGGAAGGGGAUCCAGCUGGAAACCUCAAUGGGAAGUCUCGAAUUCGCAUCCAUGGUCGCCGCACUCCUCACCAUGUCCCAAGGGAUCACGAUGCUGCUGGCCAAGACCCUCGUCGUGUUUCUCGACUACCCCAAGCCGUUCUACUCCGAAUAUGCUGUCGGGUUCUCGGGAGUGCUGUUUGCGAUGAAGGUUGUCCUCAAUUCUCAGUCCGCAGACUAUGCUCACGUGCACGGACUGGUGGUGCCAUCUCGAUAUGCUGCUUGGGCUGAACUGAUUCUCAUCCAAAUGUUUGCCCCUGGCGUCUCGUUCCUUGGCCACCUUGGUGGCAUUCUGGCCGGGAUGCUCUAUCUCAAACUCAAGGGCGAGUACUCGGCCUCGGGCUCAGGUUCAGGUCCUUUGGUUAGAAUGCUCCGGGGUAUUGUUGGCAUAGCGAGCUGGCCGCUGAGGGCUGCAAGGGGAUUGUUUCAACCCAGGAGGACGCCACGUGUCUCCGGGAGGGGAACAGUCGGCAGGGAAAUGAGGGACGGGCUGUCGGGUAUAUGGAGAUGCCAUGCUUGUACGUUUGAUAAUUCGGGUUGGUUAAGCGAGUGUGAGAUGUGUGGAACAAGCCGUGGAGGCUUAACGGAUGAGAUUGGGAUUCAAGAAAUGCGUAUGCGGAGGAUUCAGAGAUUUGGUUGAUAUAAAGGCUUGGUAACAGGUACGACAUACUCCUUGUUCGAUACAGAUUUUGAUGAUGUUUCACAGUUGCAUAAGGAUGUAGGGUGCUGCAGGAUGCUCAGUGUAAUAUGCUAAGUUGAGCCUUGAACAGAGUAUACAUCAAACAGAUGGCCGAUUUACUUAUCCUUACAACUGUUUUAUCUUUUAUGGUUUGUAUAUUUGAAUGCAAGAAUAGCAAAAGCUGGAUAUGACGAUAUUGGAAAUGCAGAUAUCUUCUGCAGACAAGUAGCCGUAGUUAGUUGAUGGUUCAAAUUCAUCAGUUCAAUUACUGUGUCUCCUUUGUGUUUCAGCACUAGAGUAUGAUGAUGGCCUCUGGCCUCCGCGAUACCUUAAUGCGUUAAAACAUCGUUAAGAAUUAGUCCAAUGAACA